AAAAUCCAAAUGAAAAAAAAAACAAAAUUCUACCGUUGUAGCUAACAUUAGCUUUAAAUUAUUAGAUUGGUAUCUUCGAUGAGUGUUUUUCUACAAAUAAAAAAUGUUUUAAACUUACAGGUUUUAAUAGAAAUAGAUACAUAAACAAGGAAAUGCUGCCAUGUUGAUAAAAAGUCUUUAUGGAAUAAUUGUAUGUGGACAUUUCCAGUACCAAAUUAAGUUGAUAUAUAUAUAAAUAAUACGAUAGAUGGGAUAUUUAGGAAACGUCAACGUAAGAUGAUUCAUUUCCUUAGAAAGGCAAUUAUGUGUCCAGUGAAAUAUUCAACAAUAGUGUCUUCAGUGUUACGUAGAGAAAUUGUCAAUAUGUAUGUACAUAAGUGGAAUACAAGAGGAAUAAAAACAACGUUGUUUAUUUUUUUCAUUGUGAUUUUAUUGAUAUUUAUGAAUUCAUAUAUCAAACCUGUUCGAUUCAUAUUUGUUCAUCAAAGUGUAAACAGUACGUGCCUUUUACCAGACAUUGAUCCUUUUGACAAAUCAGUCAUGAAGUAUAUAUGGCAUCCAAAGCCAAUUGUUUGCGAACCAUCUCCGUCCAUUGUUUAUAUUGACAAGAUGGGAAAACUACAACUGAACAGAAGUGAAGUUUCAAAGAAUAACAACCCUUUCGAUUGUUUUUAUCGUUUGAUUGAACGUUCCGGUGACAAUGAUGUAACACUAUCACAGGAAGUCAAGUUUUUACGUCCAGUGUAUAUUCCUUCAGAUUAUGUAAAUGUUAAAUGUUUCGAUGAUCACAGACUUCUGUAUGAUACUGUUCUGCAUAAUGUUGACUAUAAAACAGUUCGGAAGAGUAAAGAAAUAUUAAAAGAAAAUGAACAAUGCUUUAGUGUAUUGAUAUUUGGACUUGAUUCAGUGUCGCGAUUGGCUGCACAGCGGAAACUACCUAAAACUAUGAACUUAAUCAAAAAGCUUAAUGGAUACACUUUCAAAGGCUACACAAGUAUUGCAGCAAUCACAUAUCCAAACCUGAUUGCAUCAUUGACCGGAAAAACUGCGUACAGCAAUGAACUACCGAAGUUAGACCCUAGGAAAGAAUUCACCGAUAAUUACCCUUUUAUAUGGAAAAACUUUUCCCAAAAAGGAUAUGUUACAAUGUUCAGUGAAGAUUUCCCAGAAAUAAGCAUGUUUAAUUAUAUGCAAAAGGGUUUUAUAGAUUCUCCGGUAGAUCAUUACCUUAGACCUUGCCCAGUCAACUCAACACAUAUUACAGACGUUUCAGACCAACCGAUACCGGACUAUGGUACCUUCAACCUCUCUGUCAUCUCCGCAGCAAAUAAUACCAACAGCCUCAACACAACCUUCACUAUCAGCCGUGAACCAGACCACACAACUGAGGUAGAAUCAGACCCAGCAGGUGCUCCAGAGCAAACCAUACCAGAACCAGAUACUGAACCAAACCUCACAGCAAGUUUUGACGUGACACGUAGACCAAUAGAAGAUCAGCAAGAAAUAUUAGAAGAUUCCUUAAUUGAGCCAGACCUACCAGACACUAUUCUGCCAGACAUACCAGUAACCUACACAUUGGUUGACCAAGGUUCCCAGCGUGGCCGGUUUAAGUUGGUGAGCAGUGAUGGGUAUGAAUAUACCAAAAAGUCAUCCAAGGGUGACUUUACGUACUGGAGGUGUUCCAAACGCUCCAAGACUGUCAACUGCCCAGCAACAGUCUCUCAGAAAGGCAGUGACUAUAAGAUGAACACCAGACAACACAUACACCAAGCUGACAAGGGUGCACUAAAGAAAGUAGUGGUAAGAAAAGAGGUUAAAGCAGAAAGUCUUCGAGACAUACACAAGUCAGCACGACGUAUAGUAGAUGACAAGAUGUUGGAACACAUAGAGCCUGAAGAUCACCAGCUACCAAAGGUCAAGAACCUAGAAAGACUGGCAAACAGAGUACGUGAAGACCUCAGGCCAGAUGAACCGCAAGACCUUUACUUUGUCAUGAGUAGAUUUAUUUGUUUAUUUCACAGUACUAAAUUUAUUUAG